AUGUCCUCACUUGCUACUAUUCGCCGAUGGCUCACCCAGCAUGCAAAGCAUGGAGAUGUUUCACAAGAAUUUAAGCGCCCACGCAGGCCUGUCAGAUGGGUCAAUCGAGCAACACAUGAACAUAGAUGGCUAAGAAAGCCGAUUGCAUAUAUCAUUGGCACACAACCAUUUUGCGGAUGGUCUUUUAUUUCAAAGGCUCCGAUUUUGAUUCCUCGCUGGGAAACAGAAGAAUGGCUGCACAAGAUCUCUACGGAAAUGAUUUUCCCGCGCAUCUCUCCAAACACGCCCCUCCGUGUUAUUGAUUUCUGUUCAGGAAGCGGAUGCAUUGGGCUCUCCCUUCUUGGCAGUUUUCUUACCAUUUUCGGAGGAUCUCCCAAAAACAUCGCCAUCCAACUGAUUGACAUCGAUCCAAAGGCAAUGGCCCUUGCUGCUGAAAAUAUACGGUCGCUUCAAAGGCAAAUGAAAGUUGAUUUUGUCAACCAUACGCCAAUUGAUCUCCAAACAGUGGAUUUAUUGUCAGAGAGGGAUGUCCAAAUAGGAUUGAAUCUGCAAUUCUGCAAAUCGAUGGAAACCCCAAUGGAUGUUUGGAUUGGAAAUCCGCCGUACAUUCCGACUGCGGCAAUAAAUUUGCUUCCUCGCUCUGUAAGAUCGUGGGAGUCGGCCCAAGCACUUGAUGGGCUGUGCACAGAGGGCAUACAUAUCCACAAGGCAAUAAUUUCUCGCGUGCAUGGCCUAUCAAAGCACUCCAAGAUGUGGAUUUUGGUGCUUGAAAUUGGCGGGGAUCAUCAGAGAAAGCCAUUGGCGCAGUAUAUCUCGGGGCUUUUUGGGGCCUCUGCCGUGCCGUCCUUCCAUACAGACUCUUCAGGAAAGACACGCAUUCUUGUUUUACAGCCGAUCUCCAGCCUUUAA